UCGAAUCCGGAGUAGAAAUGACGGAGCUUGAGAACAUUAACCCAAACGUGUACAAAAAGUGCGAGGAUCGCAAGGUGACCAAGGAUGACGAGAACGAGGACGUGGUGGAUCCUUUCGACGAGCGUGAAAUUUUCGAUUUAAUCCGCAACAUCAAUGAUCCGGAACAUCCCCUUACCCUAGAGGAGCUGCACGUCCUCGAGCAGAGCUUAAUCACGGUGGACAAUGAGAAAAACACGAUUAAAAUCUUAUUCACACCAACGAUUCCUCACUGCAGCAUGGCGACACUGAUCGGUUUGUCGAUUCGCGUGAAGCUGCUGCGGGCACUGCCACCGCGGUUUAAGGUGUCGGUGGAGAUAAAUCCUGGUACGCACGCCUCGGAGCAAGCCGUUAAUAAGCAGCUAUCGGACAAAGAGCGUGUGGCAGCGGCCCUGGAGAAUACCCACCUCAUGGAGGUCAUUAAUCAGUGUAUUUCGUCUCCGUUGAAAUAAAGAGGCAGUGAGUAUCGAUUAA